AUGGCGGGGCGGGAUUACUACGACGUCUUGGGCGUGUCGCGAUCCGCGGACGGAAAAGAGUUGAAGCGAGCGUACAGACAGCUGGCGCGAAAGUUUCACCCGGACGUGAACAAGGAGCCGGACGCGGAGCAAAAGUUUAAGGAAAUUUCCAACGCGUACGAGGUGCUGAGCGACGACCAGAAGAAGGCUAUAUACGAUCGAUUCGGGGAAGACGGGUUGAAGGGCGGCAUGGGCGGCAUGGGUGGUAUGGGCGGCAUGGGCGGCGACCCGUUCAGCAAUCCGUUUGAUUUGUUCGAAUCCUUCUUCGGCGGCGGCAUGGGCGGCGGCAUGGGCGGCAUGGGCGGCAUGGGUGGACAGCGCCAAGCGCGUAACCGUCCAACGCAGGGCGAUGACGAGAGAUACGAUCUUGAAAUCGACUUCCUUGAGGCCGUUUUCGGGGUCGAGAAAGAGCUCGACACCAUGCGCCUUGAAAAUUGCGACAAGUGUUCCGGGAGCGGCGUCAAGGCUGGCACCAAGCCUGUGACGUGCGGGACGUGCGGCGGGCAAGGCCAAGUCGUCGCCACCGUGCGCACGCCGCUCGGUAACUUCCAGCAAGUCACUGGAUGCCAAGCGUGCGGUGGGACCGGUCAGUCGUCGACACCGUGCCCCGCGUGCUCUGGAGACGGCCGCGUGCGACGCAGCAAGAAGAUUCAACUUCGCGUACCGCCGGGUGUGGACAAGGGCUCGCGCUUGCGCGUUCGAGGCGAGGGUAACGCCGGCCGGCGCGGUGGACCGCCGGGUGAUCUGUACGUGUUUAUCAACGUGCGCGAUGAUCCGGAGUUGAAGCGUUUCGAAAACGUCAACAUUAGCUCCACGGCGACCAUUCCGUACACCAAGGCGAUUCUCGGGUGCACCGUCAAGGUGCGCACCGUGGACGGGCCGGUGGAUCUCAAGAUCCCUCCUGGCGUGCAACCGGGAAGCACGCUUCUCAUGGCGAAGCGAGGCGUCCCGAGACUCGGCAACGAUUCCAUUCGCGGCGAUCAUUACGUCACCGUGAAGGUCACCAUCCCCGCCAAGCUCGGCGACGACGAACGCGCGUUGAUCGAACAGCUCGACGCCAAGCAAAAGUAA